AUGCCGAAGUCGUGCGCGGCCCGUCAGUGCUGCAACCGCUACAGCAACCGCAGGAAGCAGCUCACCUUCCAUCGGUUCCCGUUCAGUCGCCCAGAACUGCUGAAGGAAUGGGUGCUGAACAUCGGUCGCGGCAACUUCAAGCCCAAGCAGCACACUGUCAUCUGCUCAGAGCACUUCCGGCCCGAGUGCUUCAGUGCCUUUGGGAACCGCAAAAACCUGAAGCACAAUGCCGUACCCACAGUGUUUGCCUUCCAGGAGUCCAUGCAGGUAGUGCCUGGGGCAGAGGUGGAUGGCACAGUGAGAAGCAAGGAUCAGGCUGUGGAAGAGCUGCAGUUGCCCACAAGUGCAGGAGCCCCUGGGAAAGAGGUCUUGCCUGGUCGGACAGAAGUCGUGGAGGCCUCCAGUCCACUGGCCACCCCCACAGGAUCCUCUGAUCACAGCUAUGCCCUUCUGGACUUGGAUGCCUUGAAAAAGAAACUCUUCCUCACCCUGAAGGAAAAUGAAAAGCUCCGGAAGCGCUUGCGGGCCCAGAGACUCGAGUUGCGGAGAAUGUGGUGUCGCCUCAGCACCCGGAGAGAAGGGCGGCGGAGCCCCGGGGCCUGUGCACGGCCUGAGCAGCAGAGCUGA